AUGAUUUUUGAUACAAUUAUAGGUAUUAUAUUCAAUAAUCAUUUAUUAAGCUAGAGCCAUUGAUGGAUUAUUGCUUUGUGAAGUACAAUCUAAUGAAAAAGUUUAAUUAAACUUAGAAGUUAAAAGAUAAAUCAAGUUAGUAUUGAAACGUGGCAAUCUAGCAUCUGAUGUAUAAUAUUAAUAAUUGGAUUCUCAAUAAACCAAUGUCAAAGGUAUUUUUCAAUUCAAAAUAUAUUACAAGCUGUCUACAAAACUUCAUUAGGUGUUUGUUAUGUAGUUUUUUAUGAUUCUGCACUUAAUCUCAAAUUAGCUUGUUGCUAUCUUGAUGAAAUUGAAAAGGGAUUUCAAGAUGUAACUCUAUUUUAUUACUAUAGGAAUUAUAAAUUCGAUAUGGCACUUCUAAUGUUAAUUAUAGAUCUAAAUUAGAAACCAUAGAAAGCAAUGAUUCAUAUUGUUUUUAAUAAUUUGGUAUUUAUAUAUACUUAAUAAAAUUAAGAAAGAUUUAUUAAAAAGAAAAAAUAAGAAUUUUAAGAUUAAUCAUCAUCUAAAAAUUUAGAAAGAUUAAAAAUGGAAAUAUCAGAACUCAAAAAAAUCAUGAAUGAAAAUGUUAAAUUGCUUUUUGAUAGAGAUGAAAAAUUGCAAGGUUUAAUCUUAUCCUUAAUUUUAGACAUGAAUGAAAAGGCUAAAUCUUUAAAAGAAGACUCAAAAUUAGUAAAAUUCUUAUUCAUUAUUUUUUCAGUUCAAAAAUAAAGCAGCAGAAUUAGAAUGGUCAAUUUGGUUAAAAAAAAAUUCUUUUUGGUUCAUAUUAGGAGGAUUUCUAUUGAUCUUCUUAUUUUUCAAAAUUUAUUGAAUAUAAUUAUUUUAUAUG